UCUACGGUAGCCAUUUUGGAAGUUGCGAGGCACCGGUUACCGCGUGCGUACUCCUCGUCGCCGUAGCGUCGUCCAUUGCUGGGCGUAGUUGCUGUUCUUUGUGUCGUACCGCCUGCGUUGUGCGACGCCCUCAGGUUCGUUGCUUCGCCGAGCGCGCAGGACGUACCGGCUCCACCGAGGCUGACCAUGAGCGACCGUGAGGGCACCCCUGAAGAGGAGGCCGUGGAGGAGUACCUCCAGGACAAUGCUGGGGGAGAGGAGGAGGAAGAGGAGCCGGCUGCAGAGAGGGAGGAGGACGACGAUGACGGUGGCCGCAAGAGUCACGAUGAAGGAACGCCUGAGGAGGACUCCCGCAGCGACCGCCGCAGGCAGCGCUCGCGCACCCGGAGUCGAUCCCGAUCGAGGAGACGUCACCGCCAUUACAGUCGCUCCCGUUCCCGGUCACCGAGGCGCAGCAGAUACUACUACUCCCGCAGCCGAAGGAGCCACAGUCGUUCCCCCAUGUCAAAUCGACGACGCCACGUUGGAAGCCGGGACAACCCGAGCACGAGCCGCUGCCUCGGUGUGUUUGGGCUCAGCUUGUACACGCAGGAGCGGGACCUCAAGGAGGUCUUCUCCAAGUAUGGGCCUUUGGAGGACGUCCAGGUGGUCUACGAUGCCCAGUCUGGCCGCUCUCGAGGCUUUGCCUUCGUCUACUUUGAGACUGUGGAGGAUGCCAAAGCGGCCAAGGACCGCUGCAAUGGCCUGGAGAUAGAUGGGCGCAAGAUCCGAGUCGACUACUCCAUCACUCAAAGGGCACACACACCAACACCAGGCAUCUACAUGGGCAAGCCAUCCUACGAGGGAUCAGGGGAUUCUGGAUACAAGAGCAAAGCAUACGGUGGUGGAGGCGGCGGCGGCAGUGGCGGUGGAGGCGGCUACGGAGGUGGUGGCGGUGGCUAUCGCGGUGGCUACAGGGACCGUUCGCCAUCCCCCUACUACAGCCGGGGGCGGCGCUACUCUCGCUCUCGGUCUCGGUCGUACUCCCCCCGGAGGUACGGAUACUACUGAGCGAGCGCACACACCUCUGUCUGUACGCCCUUGCUCCUUUUACCCCCGCUCCCCCCACUCUGUCAAUCAUUUCAUACAUUAGCAGUGAUCACCCUGAGGCUGCUGUCCAUUUGAAUAAAGGUUCGUCGGCUGCCCACAUCACACGCAGCUUCCCCCUUUUGAGAGAGAAUAAACUGUGUGUGUGCCCGUG